AUGAUUAACGAAAACCCAUCGUCAACUAGUUUUCCUAUCACGAGGUAUUUACGUCCUGACAAAUUUGAUGUCGAACCUGAUGCUGCAGAAGCGGAUGCACAAUGGCAGCACUGGAGGUCAACGUUCGAAAGUUUUUUGAAUGAAGAAGUAAAAACUGAUUUAAUACCAGAUGCAUUAAGACGCAAGCUCUUAGUAAAUCACCUAUCAGCUUCAAUCUACAAACAUAUCAAAACUUGCGAAACUUACGAAGCCUCAAUUGCAGCUUUAGAAGGUAUUUAUAUUAAACCUAAAAAUAUAAUUCUAGCCAGGCAUAUUCUUUUUAACCGGAAACAACGUGCGGAUGAAAACAUCUCUGACUACGUAAGAGCUUUACGUUUAGCGGCAAAAGAUUGCUCUUUCGAAACCGUUACCGCUCAAGAACAUGAAGAACAAGCAAUCCGUAGCACCUUGAUCUCCGGUUUGCUUUCUCGUAAAAUCAAAGAACGCCUGCUAGAAAAUAAAAAACUUACUCUUGCCGAAGCACUUGAUCAAGCUAUUGCACUUGAAACAGCUGAAAAGGACGCGCUAAUAAUAAUCAACAGUCUUAUCGAUGACGGUUCAUCUCACUGUAGUACAAUAUCUGCCGCUUCACCGUCAAGCUUGAAAGGUGCAACUAUUCUAAUCACGGUGAAUGGUUAUAAAGCUGAUGCUCUUGUUGACACUGGCAGUUCUGUCAGUUUUAUAAACAGCAAAAUCGCGCGCCUAAUGAAGUUACGUCAAAAACCAUGUACACAGUCUGUUAACUUAGCCUCGCUGAAUCAAGUAUCGGUUGUCGAAGGUAUUUGCUUUGCCAAUAUCACCAUGAAUAAACACAACUACAGGCAAAUACCACUUCUUAUCGUCGAUAAUCUCUGCGCGGACGUGAUCGUUGGACACGACCUACUAAAAGAACAUUCUAAAAUUGAAUUUGAAUUGGGAGGUCCCCAUGAACCAUUACGCAUCUGCAACGUAAUGCAGUCCUCGGUGCCACCAGCAUCUAUUUUUACUAAUUUGUCACCUAACAUCAGACCUAUCGCCGUAAGGAGUCGUCGAUACAGUAUACAAGACGAAGAAUUUAUCAAGCAAGAAAUAUCAAAAUUACUGGAAGACGGUGUAAUAGAACCAAGCAUUUCUCCCUGGAGAGCACAAGUCCUAGUAGCGGGAGGUGGCGCUCAUCGAAAACGUCUAGUAAUAGACUACUCUAUGACUAUUAACAAGUUUACAGAAUUGGAUGCAUUCCCAUUACCAAACAUGGAAACGGUCGUCUUAAAAGUAUCGAAAUACAAAAUCUUCAGUCAGAUCGACUUAAAAAGCGCAUAUCAUCAAAUGACCAUUUUAGAUAAAGAGAAAGUCUACACUGCUUUUGAAGCCUGCGGACAACUUUACCAGUUUACAAGAAUUCCAUUCGGUGUUACCAAUGGUGUAGCAGCGUUUCAAAGGACUCUAGACUUCAUCAUAACCAGAGAGAAACUAGAAGGUACAUUUGUAUACUUAGAUGACGUGACAGUAUGUGGUAAAGAUGAGUUAGAACAUGAACGUAAUCUAAAAAAGUUUAUGGAUGCGGCGAGAAAAUAUAACUUAACACUAAAUGAAAGAAAAUGUGUUUUUAAGAAAACAAAAAUCGAUCUACUUGGCUAUACUGUCGAAAAUAACACAAUCAAACCAGACGCUGAGAGAUUGAAACCCCUUUUAGAACUUCCAGCUCCCAUUAAAAACUCAGAACUCAAACGCGCUUUGGGAAUGUUCGCCCACUAUGCAAAAUGGGUUGAAAGAUUUUCGGAGAAGAUAAAACCUUUAACUUGUGUUUCAAGUUUUCCUUUAACACCUGAUGCUCUAAAAUGCUUCCAAGAGAUUAAAUCAGACAUAAAGAAAGCAAUAGAUGAUGAUGAAACUUUCACUGUUGAAACUGACGCCUCGGAUUUUGCUAUAGCCGCUACGCUUACGCAAAAGGGUCGUCCAGUCGCUUUCUUCUCUCGAACGCUUUCCAAUCCAGAAUGUCGACAUUCAUCAAUAGAGAAGGAAGCUUGUGCAAUUGUUGAAAGUCUUAAGAAAUGGAGACAUUUUCUGAUUGGGAAACACUUUCUUUUAAUUACGGAUCAAAAAUCAGUAACGUACAUGUUGAAUCAAAAUCACAAUAGCAAGAUUAAAAAUGAGAAGAUAAUGCGCUGGAGGCUAGAGCUAUCCUGCUACAAAUAUGACAUUAUAUAUAGACCAGGUUCGGAAAACACAACAGCAGACGCUCUGUCACGAGUUUGUGCGUACAUGAACACCGACAAAUUAAAACAGCUUCAUAAUGCGCUUUGCCAUCCUGGAAUCACCAAACGGGGAUUCGCUACCAUCAUGGCUUUCAACGCCUGGACAGUAAAAAAGAAUGUCCGUCACUCAAAGACUGAUCCCGUAGUAGAAGAAGCUGAACUUAUCGAGAGUAAUCCUUACUACUCUUUAAUUAGAAGAGCUAAUGGAGAAAUGUCAACCGUGACAAAUCGUCAUUUAGCGCCCUUCCCAAACAACGUUGACGAGGGUGAAGAUGACGUUAGUCUUGAAACUUCAGAGACUGAGGCCUCACAAGAAUUACAAACUUCUGAUGGAUCUUCGACGGAACAAGAGAAAGUGGAAUUGAAAAUUCUACACGGGCAGAAAAUUCUGCAGAAGAAGAAAAUUCUACAGGGGAAGAAUGAUAUGAUAUUUUAUCUAGUUAUCAUUUGA